UCCUGUUCAAUGUGCACUUUAAAAAAUAAAUAUUUGCUGGCAAAUAAAGUUUACAGGUCAAACAGACCUUUAGGAGUUAGGGUCAUCAUGACCAAAAUGUGACCAUUGUCAAUAAACAUUGUCACGUCUUUCUAGUGAAGUGAUGUGGUAGGACAGUUAUUUUUUUUGCUACCCUUAAAACUGAUCUUGAUGCAAGCCAUCAAAGUCUGUUAGAGGGUGAUGUCAAGAAAAACAUUGCCCUAAAAAGUGGAGGUGACCUUGGGGGUUGGGUUUAUAAUAAGUCACAUAUAACCACAUAUAAAAGCAGUGGCCAGCCACAACAGGAGAGUAGUGGAUUCCUCUGAUCAGCCAGAUCAAAGGACAUGGUGGGACAUUCAAGUGUACCCUUAAGUGUGGCACUAGUGCUGCUGGGUUGCUAUGCUGGAAACUUGGUGGUAGCUCAGAAGGGUGCUCAGCACCCUCAGCCAUCCUGGCCGGCAUAUCCACCUCCACAAGACCAUCAGCCACCAAAGACACCAUCCUGGCCGGCACAUCCGCCUCCACAAGACCAUCAGCCACCAAAGACACCAUCCUGGCCGGCACAUCCGCCUCCACAAGACCAUCAGCCACCAAAGACACCAUCCUGGCCGGCACAUCCGCCUCAACAUGACUAUCAGCCACCAAAGACACCAUCCUGGCCGGCACAUCCGCCUCCACAGCACCAGCAGCCACCAAAGGCACCAGAAUAUCCAAAGCAACCACCCUGGCCAGCACACCGACCCCCAAUGAAGCACUCUCAGGUUGAGUUUGAUGCCGCUGGUAAAGGGCAACAUUUGCAGAAUCCAGGACAAGUAAUGUCUCCUAAUCCCCAAAGCUGUGAGGUGGACAUACCCCUGAGGGUUCCCUGCGGAGGGCCUGAAAUAUCACCCGCUGCUUGUAUGGAGAUCCAUUGCUGCUCUGACAUAAACGGAUGCUACUAUGGAAAAGCAGUGACCGUCCAGUGCACCAAGGAUGCCAGCUUCAUUGUAGUCGCUGCCCGGGAUGCCACUCUUCCCAACAUCGACCUGGAGUCCAUUUCUCUGAUGAGCUCAGAGCCUGAUUGCACUCAUGUUGACUUUAAUUCACUCUUUGCAAUCUACCACUUUCCUGUAACUUCCUGUGGCUCCGUUGUUAUGGAAGUCCAAGGAUCUAUAAUCUAUGAGAACAGGUUGUUUUCCACCUACGAAUUGGGUGUCGGACCCUUGGGAAGCAUCACCAGGGACAGCUACUAUGAAGUGCGCUUCCGGUGUAUAUACCGUGGGGUUUCUGUGGAAACACUGAUGACUCAAACAAUGAACCUGGCAGGGCCUGUAGCCAUAGCUCCUGUGAUUGGUCCCAUUCAAGUGGAGCUAAGAUUGGGAAAUGGAGUAUGCACGACGAAGGGCUGUCGUGCAGUGGAUGUUGCAUAUGACUCAUACUACGUGGAUUCAGACUAUCCUGUUACCAAAGUGUUGAGGGAUCCAGUUUAUAUAGAAGUGCGUCUCCUGAACAUGAUGGAUCCUAGGCUUAUUCUGACUCUGGGUCGCUGCUGGACCACCACCCAACUCAACCCACACAGCCUGCCCCAGUGGGACAUCCUCAUUGAAGGAUGUCCGAACCAGGGCGACCGUUACCUGUCCACUCUGAUUCCUAUCGGUCUUUCAUCUGGCCUGCCGUUCCCAAGUCACUACAAGCGUUUCAUUUUCCAGAUGUUUACCUUUGUGGAUCAGGACAUGAGCCCCCUUAAGGAGCAGGUUUAUAUCCAUUGCAGCACUGAAGUGUGCACACCUGGACAAGGCGAACAAUGUGAUUCCAGAUGUGGUGGCAGAAAAAAAAAGAGGGACGUUGCUGCGACCGCUGUGGCGAAGGAGCCCAGGAUGGUGAUGACCGUUGGGCCGCUGCUGAUGGGUCGGGUAGAGGAGGCCCAUCAGGUCCCAUAAUGAAUACGAGUGGUUUCAACGUUAAUAUUGUGCACAACCAUUAAUGUUUUAAAUUAUUCUUAUGCAUGAAAUUAAACCAGAUGGUUUAUCACACGAUUCAAAGUUUUGUAAUUUCUUCUGCACAAAGAACAUUUUUACUGCAAGAACGACAAAGCUCAUAGAGCUUUGUCGAUCACUCAUUGAAUCGUUCACUCAUUGAAUAGAUUAUCAAAAUCAAAUACAUUGUGACAGAGCUCGACACGUCUGUCAUUCUCCCAGCACGCUGACUCUGUAUACAAGAAAUCCCAGUAGCGCCUCCACCUGCUUAGGAAGCUCAGAGUUUUUAAUGUCAGCAAUGACAUUUUAACAGGGUUUACUGUUCACUCAUUGAAUCCAUACUUUCAGGAACUCAGCCUGGUACAACACCGUCACCAUCAAGCACAAAACAAAACUUGCCCGGAUAGUAAAUCAAGCCGGCAAAUAAUUUUCUUUCCCCAAGCCCCAACAGCCAAUACAAUCACACAGGACCCCACCCACCCCCUCCGCCAAUCCUUUGAGUUACUUCCAUCAGGUCGACGCUUGGCACGAAAAAACAUCAGCAAAAAAUCUUUUAUCCCCAUUGCCAUCACCACACUGAACAGUCACAAAUGGGCAACAUAUCGUACUCCAUUAAGUCAUCCCUUUGCACGGCUUGCAUUCUUUUGCAUUAAAUUAUUGUCAUUAUUUUGUCUUGUAGUAUGUAUUUAUUUUGUGUAAAUUGAACAUGCUCUGUC